AGGAUGGCUUGGCUUGGGGAGAACUAGGUAAUGUACCUAGGCACACUGUACCUGUAGGAGUUGCACUGUUGCAGAGGAGUGGCAAGGUCAGGUCCGUCGGGAGUAGCACAGGCUUAUCUAAGAGACAGGGGUGAAAAAGUUGCAUCGCCUCCGCGUCAGAGGGCAGUAACAUCGAUGGAGUCGCACAACGAACAAAGGCCAAUAGAAAAGACAACGCCAGGCUGAGCUCCACGCGUCCCGGCAAGUAGUACAUGUGCUGUACAGGUAUUCUUGACCAGAGCCCACCAACGCACAUGUGGUGGAGCAGGCGAGCGGACCUGGUUCUCGAAUAUUUCUCUCCGGCUGCGUCCAUCUUCACUUGCAUUCACAUGCAAAGCAGAGCUCGCGCCGAAGUCUAAUUCGAACUACCUACCUACCUUUUAGCACUCUCUGACCAGAGCUCGUCUGCAUCUCGAAGCUUCCAAGCAGUCACCACGCUGCAUGCACUUGCAACAACAACAUCAUCCGACCACCACCACCACCAUCACCUUACCGCACCUUACUACUACUUCUCUCCUUACUACCUCACUGCCACACAGUCUCCUUCCUCCAAGCUUCCGCCUCCCGCUUGCUACAAAACACCGCACCGCACCGACGAUAUCGUCAAGACCGCCUUGUCGCAAUGGCGACUAACCUCACUGUCUCGCUUUUCCUCCCCAACACCAUCUCAUUCAACGACCUGCCGGCAAAAGAGCGACGACGCGCUGCACCUCCGUUCAAGCUGCACCAACGCAUCAGCUCUGCCAAUGAGCUGCCCACCAAUUCGAGUAGCAUUCUCGGCGGGCUCACCCCUCCUCUGACGACCGCCUCGCAAGUCGCAAGCGCGAAUGAGCAAUUCUUCACCCCGGGCUCAAUAGAUGCCGCGAAGCGACUUUUCGCGAGGCCCGGCGAUCCACGCUCUCUCCUGCGAAGCGAUGUGCAUGCCGAGUGGGGCUCCCAGGCUAUAUUCAAUCAGCCGCGGUCUCGUGCUGGACCACUACCAUCAGCUUCCAUCCAGGACUUCGCUGCCGCUUAUGACAAGUACAAGGAAGAGGAGGACCGCAAGAAGCGCAUGUCGACCAGACGAGUCACUCGAGGCUCUCCUGGUCAAUUGCAGGCCAGUCGCUCUGGAAGCUCGGAGAGGGGCUUUGAAGGGCAAUCAUGGACAGUGCAGCCCGCCAUUCACGGAAACGGUGGGCUAGUAAACGCCAUCCGCGAGACGUCGGAGAUCGACCCAAGCAACAACCAGCCUGCUGAUACCACCUGGAUUGGAACUCUUGGAAUGCCCACUGACGCCUUGCCCGAGAGUACCAAAGACGAAAUACACGAUGUAUUGCUCAACGAUCACCAGUCUGUUGCUGUCUACUGCAGUGACAAAGACAUCGAUGGUCACUAUGCCCACUACUGCAAGACCAUUCUAUGGCCUAUCAUGCACUACCAAGUGCCAGAUCACCCAAAGAGCAAGGCGUAUGCCGAUCACAGCUGGGAAUUCUAUCGAAAUGUGAACCAAGCCUUUGCCGACCAAGUCGUUUCCAGCUACAAGCGUGGCGAUACCAUUUGGGUACACGACUACCACCUCCUCCUCGUGCCUGGCAUGGUGCGUGAGAAGCUACCAGAUGCCAAGAUUGGCUUCUUUUUGCACACAGCUUUCCCAUCGUCCGAGGUGUUCAGGUGUCUAUCGACUCGGAAGGAGCUUCUCAACGGCAUGCUCGGCGCCAACUUGAUCGGGUUCCAGACAGAGGAGUACGCGUCGCACUUCCUGCAGACAUGCAGUCGUCUGCUGGCAGUGGAAACUACUGCCGACGGCGUGCAGAUUGACGAGCACUUUGUGAAUGUGACUAGCGUGCCGGUCGGCAUCAACCCGCCUCUGUUCGACAAAGCCCUUGCGGACGAAGAAGUUCGGGGAUGGAUCUCCACCAUUAAGAAGAAGUACGAAGGCAAGAAGCUCCUCGUUGCACGUGAUCGUCUCGACCAUGUGCACGGUGUGCGACAGAAGCUGCUUGCCUACGAGCUGUUUCUGAACCGAUACCCCGAGUGGCGUGACAAGGUAGUCAUGAUCCAAGUUGCCACCUCCACCAACGAGCAGUCCGAGCUGCUCGCGGCUGUGUCCGACAUCCAUACUCGGAUCGACUCGGUGCAUAGCACUCUUGCUCAUCAGCCCUUGGUCUUCCUCAAGCAAGACUUGGCAUUCCCGCAGUACAUCGCAUUGUUGACUGUGGCUGAUGGGCUCAUGGUGUCUGCCCUUCGAGACGGCAUGAAUCUGACGCCUCACGAAUUCAUAUACUGCCAAAAGAAGUAUGGCCCAUUGAUCCUCAGCGAAUUCACUGGCAGUGCUGCGGCUCUUGGCAGCAACUUUCUCUCCAUCAAUCCUUGGGACUUCUCCGGCAUGGCCGACUCCAUCAAACAGGCCUUGGAAAUGGACGAGGCGGAGAAGCAGCGUCGCUGGAAUUACUUGCACGAAGUUGUACUCAAGAAGACGGGUGCCAAUUGGAUGCGACAACUGACUAAGCAGCUGAACAUUGUGUAUGAGGAGCACAACCAGCACGCCUCAGCAUCGGUGCCUCGUCUCAAUGUCUCGACCUUGGCUGAGAAGUACAAGACGGCGGAGAACCGACUGUUCAUUAUCGACUACGAAGGUACUCUUGCGCCGCACAAGACGAGUUCGGGUAUUCCUCUGGGAUCCCCCGCGCGUGUUGUCGAGACGUUGACUGAUAUUAUGGUCGACCCCAAGAACAUAGUCUACGUCAUGUCUGGUCGUAAGCCAGACGAACUCGACAAUCACUUCCGCACACUGCCCAAGGCCGGACUGAUCGCUGAGAAUGGAUGCUUUGUGCGCGAGUUCGGCGUCGAGAACAACGUGUGGACAUCUUUCGUCGAUCUUAAUGAGGUUGACAGAUGGAAGUCACAAGUGCGUGGCAUACUUGGCUACUACUCGGACCGCCUGGAAGACAGCUAUAUCGAAGAGAGACAUUGCAGUCUCUUGUUCCGGUACGAGAAAUCAGCCGAUCAAGAGGCCGCUGUGCGCUUUGCCGGGGAGUGUGCGGACCAGAUCAACGGCGCGUGCAAGAGCAUGCAUAUUCAUGCGGUUCCCAUCAAGCACGCCGUGCUCGUGGAGCAGGAAGACUUCAGUAAGGGCACCGCUGCUUCGCACGUGUUUGAUACUCUGUGCGAACAAAGCAAAGGCCUCUCGGCGCCGGACUUCAUGGUCGUUGCUGGUGAUGAUCGCGAAGACGAAGUCAUCUUCAAGUGGGCCAAUGAGCUCGGCAAGGUCGGCAAAGUCAAGGAUGUCUUCACUGUCACGGUGGGCAAGCGCAACACACUCGCGCAGGCUACGUUGACGCAAGGCUCCACGGGGCUCCUGACCGUGCUCCAGAAAUUAGCGAAGAUCUCGAGCGACAUGUUGCCGCCGGAUUACUUCACCAUGCCACGCAACAAGACCUUUCCCAACUGAUGAUCUUCAUUCCCCAUCAUUUCGAUGGGGAACACACGGAUCGCCUCGAUGACUGCGAGAUAGCACCGGGCCAUUCUCUCGAGGGCUGCAAGACUGCUAGCGUGCUUGAUUGUUUUGACGUGCGACGUUACGAUGAUACCCACUACCAUUAGGUCACGAUAUAGUGUUUCUGGCGUCAAGGGGUGGGAGGAUGCACGGGAACGGGGACGGGGUCUGUAGACUAGACUACGAGAAUCAAGCAGCAAUGCUCAUUGAC